AUGGAGAGAGGAAGGGGAAGUAGGGUGUCGCGUGGGAUGCUUCCACUGCUGGCUCUGCACGCUGUGAGUGAGUAUUGCAGGCUUGACAGAAAACCGCCGGUUACGGCCGGACUUCUUGCUGCUAACACUCUGAUUUAUUUGAGGCCCAGUUUUCUCGAAUCUAUUCUCCCUACCGUGGAUGAGGUUUGGUUCAAUCCGCACCUAAUCCUCAAGCCUCUAGUUAGGGAAUCAAGACAGUGCAUCUUCAUUGCUGAAUUUCUACUUUUUUUUUCCCGGACCAAGCUCUUGGAUUUUGAUUUAAAGCAACUCCAGGAAUCUGUGGCUAGGAUUCAAAUUGCUGAAUUCCCUGCUAGAUGCAUGUUAUUUCAAUGUAAACCAGUGCCAGAUUCCGCCUUCUGUCAUACCGCUAGGCCUCGUCAAUUAGAACAGGACGUGAUGAAAGAGUUCAAAUGA